CCCCCUUCUGAAGUUUCUCUAUGGCGGUGGACACAAAGCACUGAAACCGUGGGAGUCUGGGAAACAGAAAGAAGGGUGCGCGAGUGCAAGGAGGAGAAUUCGAAAAAAAAACUCAUUUGUAAAAGACAAGAUAUUGAAAGAGUUUAACGCAUGGUUUUACUUGUUUUAUAAAUAUAAAAGUUCGAAGGUAUAGAGGGAUUCGUGUAGCUGUAGCUAAAGUUUUGAACUUUUGCUUUACACGGGCUGAGAAUGCGUUGGUUUAUUCAAGUUGUGUUUUCAUUGACCUGUUUGGCUAUAUGUAGCCACAGUGCUAUGGAUGAAUGCACUGAUGAUUCGAGUCGGCCUCAGCGAUGCAUGCCAGAGUUUGUCAACGCUGCUUUCAAUGUCACUGUGGUAGCUACCAAUACUUGUGGCUCUCCCCCAGAAGAAUACUGUGUACAAACCGGCGUUACGGGGGUCACCAAGUCGUGCCACAUCUGCGAUGCCAGGGAUCGGAGACAACAUCACAGUGCUGUGUACCUCACCGAUUACAACAAUCAACAGGACACCACCUGGUGGCAAAGUCAGACUAUGUUAGCGGGCAUCCAGUAUCCAAACUCAAUCAAUCUAACUCUUCAUCUUGGCAAGGCAUUUGACAUCACUUACGUGCGACUCAAGUUCCACACCAGCCGCCCAGAGAGCUUCGCCAUCUACAAGCGCACAAGUGAGGAUGGACCAUGGACGCCCUACCAGUACUACAGUGGUUCCUGUGAGAAGACCUACCAGAAGUUCAACAGAGGCUUCAUCCGCACCGGAGAGGACGAACAGCAGGCCCUCUGCACAGACGAGUUCAGUGACAUCUCACCCUUGACCGGAGGAAACGUGGCCUUCUCCACCCUCGAGGGCCGACCCAGUGCUUACAACUUUGACAACAGCCCAGUUCUUCAGGAAUGGGUGACAGCCACAGAUAUCAAAGUGACCCUGAACAGGCUCAACACAUUUGGAGAUGAAGUUUUCAAUGAUCCCAAGGUCCUAAAGUCCUAUUACUACGCUGUCUCAGACUUUGCAGUGGGAGGAAGGUGCAAGUGCAACGGCCAUGCGAGUGAGUGUGUGAAAAACAACGGUUUCGACAAGCCGGUUUGCAACUGCAAGCACAACACAGAGGGUGAUGACUGCAAUGUGUGCAAGCCGUUCUACAACGACCGUCCCUGGAGGCGAGCUACAGCCAAUAACCCCAACGAGUGUCUGAAGUGCAACUGUAAUGGCAAGAGUGCAGAGUGCUACUUCGACCCUGAGCUGUACCGUGCCACCGGCCAUGGAGGACACUGUCGCAACUGUGCCGACAACACUGACGGGCCCAACUGCGAGCGCUGCCUGGACAAUCACUACAGAGACCGAUCCGGCAACCGCUGCCUGCCCUGCAGCUGCAACUCAGUGGGCACUCUGGCCACUCAGUGUGACAACACAGGGCGCUGCAGCUGUAAACCAGGUGUGAUGGGGGACAAGUGUGACCGCUGCCAACCUGGCUUCCACACCUUGACCGAAGCAGGCUGCAGACCCUGCUCCUGUAACCCUUCUGGAAGCACACAGGAGUGUGAUGUCCAGACAGGCCGUUGCCAGUGCAAGGACAACGUGGAGGGCUUCAACUGUGACCGGUGUAAGCUGGGCUACUUCAACCUGGACCCCCAGAACCCACAAGGUUGCACUCUGUGCUUCUGCUUCCAACACUCCUCUGUGUGUGACAGCGCUGAAGGUUACAGCAUCGACACCGUUUCCUCCACCUUCGACAAAGAUGAUGAGCAGUGGACAGCCCAGCAGCGUGACGGCUCCAGUGUUUCAGUCCAGUGGUCUGCUGGUGGAGAGGAGAUUUCCCUCAUCUCUGAGGACUACUUCCCCAUGUACUUUGUGGCUCCAGAGAGGUUCCUGGGCAAUCAGCUGCUGAGCUACGGCCAGAACCUCACCCUGAACUUCCGGGUGGACAGGAGAGACACACGCCUUUCAGCUGAAGAUGUGGUUCUGGAGGGGGCUGGCCUCAGAGUGGCUGUGCCUCUCAUUGCUCAGGGAAAUGCCUAUCCUGGGGAGAACAUGCAGACAUUUGUGUUCAGGCUCCACGACAGCACAGACUACCCCUGGAGGCCCACCCUCCCUCAGUCUGAGUUCCAGAAGCUCCUGCACAAUCUGACAUCCAUCAAGAUCCGUGGCACCUACAGCGAGAGAAGUGCUGGCUACCUUGACGAUGUAAUGCUGAUCACGGCGAGGAGAGGUCCCGGGACCCCGGCCCGCUGGGUAGAGAAGUGUACCUGCCCUCAGGGCUACACGGGACAGCAUUGUGAGAACUGCACCCUGGGAUACAGGAGGAACAGACCAGACCUGGGGGCCUUCAGUUCCUGUGACGCCUGCAACUGUAACGGACACAGUGACACGUGCAACCCCGACACAGGGUUGUGUGACUGCCAACACAACACAGCUGGUCCCAAUUGUGAGAGGUGUGGAGACGGUUCCUAUGGAGACUCCACUGUGGGGAGUUCCAGCGACUGCAAGCCCUGCCCCUGCCCCGGAGGAUCCACUUGUGCUGUCGUUCCCAAGACCAAGGAGGUUGUCUGCACCAACUGUCCCACAGGAACCACAGGCAAGCGCUGUGAGCUGUGUGACGACGGUUUCUUCGGAGACCCCCUGGGUGAGAACGGGCCGGUGAGGGUGUGUCGGGCAUGUAAGUGUAGCGACAACAUCGACCCCAACGCUGUGGGCAACUGUGACCGAGAGACCGGGGAGUGCCUCAAGUGUAUCUACAACACAGACGGCUUCUUCUGCGACCGCUGCAAAGAGGGCUUCUAUGGAAGCCCUCUGGCCACCAACCCCAACGACAAGUGCAAACCCUGCACCUGCUCUCCGUACGGCACAGUGGACAGACAAACCACCUGUCUACAGGUCACAGGCCAGUGCCCGUGUCUCGCCCACGUCACCAACAGGGACUGCAGCGCCUGUGAGCCUGGCUUCUUCAACCUGCAGAGCGGAACAGGUUGCGUACGAUGCACCUGCAAUCCUAUUGGGUCCACCAAUGGUCAGUGUGACAUCAGUUCCGGUCAGUGUGAAUGCCAGCCCGGCGUCACCGGUCUGCACUGUGAACGCUGCGAGGUCAACUUCUUUGGAUUCGGAUUGUCUGGCUGCAAACCGUGCGACUGCGACCCAGAGGGUUCCUCCACGACCCAGUGUAAGGACGAUGGCCGCUGCGAGUGCAGCCCAGGCUUUGUGGGAGCCAGGUGUGACAUGUGUGAGGAGAACUACUUCUACAACCGCUCUACUCUUGGCUGCCAGCAGUGUCCAGCUUGUUACUCUCUCAUCAGAGACAAGGUGAACCAGCAGAGACAGAAGCUGCAUGACCUGCAGAAUUUGAUUGACAACCUGGGCUCUACGUCGGAGGCUGUCAGUGACAAGGCCUUUGAGGACCGUCUGAAACAGGCAGAGAAAGCCAUCAUGGAUCUGCUGGAGGAGGCUCAGACCAGCAAAGAUGUAGACAAAGGCCUGCUGGAGCGCCUGGGAAACCUGAACAACACGCUGACCACUCAGUGGAACCGUCUGCAGAACAUCAGGAACGGUGUGGAUGACACGGGAACCCAGACCGACAAGGCCCGCAACCGGGUCCGAGACGCUGAGAACCUGGUCGACCGUGCCCGCGAGGAACUGGAUAAGGCCAAGGACGCCAUCAGCAAACUGGACAUCAAAACACCCUCAAACACUGCAGAUCCUAACAACAUGACGCUUCUGGCAGAGGAGGCUCGCAAUCUGGCCGACAAACAUAAAAUGGAUGCGGAUCAAAUCGAGAAGAUCGCCAAGGAUGCCAACGACACAUCCACCAAGGCUCUCAACCUGCUGAUGAAGACUCUAGAUGGCGAGGGAAAGACCAACAAAGACAUUGACGAGCUCAACAGGAAGUACAACGAAGCAAAGGACCUGGCUAAUAACCUGGAGAAACAGGCCAAUAAAGUGCAUGCUGAGGCAGAGGAGGCAGGCGACAAAGCCCUGAAGAUCUACGCUAACCUGACCAGCCUGCCACCCUUCAACACCAAAUCACUGGAGGGCGAAGCGAGCAAGAUCAAGAAGGAGGCGUCAGACCUGGACAAGCUGAUUGACAAGACAGAGAAGGAGUACAAUGACCUGAGGGACGACCUGAGAGGGAAGGAGACUGAGGUCCGCAAGCUGCUGGAGAAGGGAAAGACUGAGCAGCAGACUGCAGAUCAGUUGCUGGCUCGUGCUGAUGCUGCCAAGGCGCUGGCUGAGGAGGCUGCCAACAAGGGAAGGUCCACCUACCAGGAGGCCCAAGACAUUCUGGGAAAUCUGAGAGACUUUGACAAGAGGGUGAACGACAACAAGACAGCAGCUGAGAACGCCAUGAAGAGAAUCCCAGAGAUCAACGCCACCAUCGCUGCAGCCAAUGAGAAGACCAAGCAGGCUGAGGGGGCGCUAGGCAAUGCAGACGCAGACGCAAAGGAGGCCAAGAGCAAGGCGGAGGAGGCUGAGAAGAUAGCCAGCCUUGUGCAGAAGGGCUCUGCUAAGACCAAGGCGGAUGCAGAGAAGGCCUUUGAGGACACCAGGAAGCUGGAUGGUGAGGUCAAUAACAUGAUGGACCAGCUAAGUGCAGCAGAGGCAGAGCUGGCCAAGAAGAAGGCUGAGGCCGACCAGGACAUGAUGAUGGCUAGCAUGGCAUCAGACAAUGCGAAGGAAGCUGAGGACAACGCUCGGAAAGCCAAGAGUGCAGUCAGGACCGUUCUCAACACCAUCAACGACCUGCUUAAGUCACUGGGCAACAUUGACACGGUGGACUUGAGCAAGCUGGGCUUGAUUGAGGGGUCGCUGAAGCAGGCCAAAGACAAGAUGGCGAACAGCGACCUGGACCGCAAGCUGUCGGAGCUGAACGACGUGGCCAAGAGCCAGGAGGAGAUGAUCACUGACUACAAUAGGCAGAUCAAGGAGAUCCAGUCUGACAUCGCCAACCUCAACGACAUCAAGAACACGUUACCCAACGGCUGCUUCAACACCCCAUCCAUAGAACGGGCUUAACCCCCUCUAUCUCCGCCCCCGACUCAUAUCCCGACCCCUGUACCCUUCCUCAUAUCCCGUCUGUACCACUCCUCAUAUCCCGACCCCUGUACCCUUCCUCAUAUCCCGACCCCUGUACCCUUCCUCAUAUCCCGACCCCUGUACCCUUCCUCAUAUCCCGACCCCCUGUACCCUUCCUCAUAUCCCGACCCCUGUACCCUUCCUCAUAUCCCGACCCCUGUACCCUUCCUCAUAUCCCGACCCCUGUACCCUUCCUCAUAUCCCGACCCCUGUACCCUUCCUCAUAUCCCGACCCCUGUACCCUUCCUCAUAUCCCGACCCCUGUACCCUUCCUCAUAUCCCGACCCCUGUACCACUCCUUCCCACAUCUAACACUCGGGCAGAAUGCCACCGUUUUACCAAAACAGUUUGUCUUUUUUUAAGCAAGAAGCCAAUUUAAGCCAAGUUUGAUGUUUUUAAAGAAAGGAAGAGCAUAAGCGGCAGAACCUGAAAUGAACUGUUGUUAAAAACGGCGUAUCCAUUCUCCUUAUAGGUGCAGCAGGUUAGGAGAGGUGUGGCUUACCUCACUCCAGAAAAGCCACAUGACUGCACCACCUCCAGACCGUUCCUAUUAUAUACCUUUUUUUAAUCUGAUAUGGUGUCAAACAAGUUAUCCUUACCCAUCAUUUUAGACCCAAGGGCAUGUUGGGAAUGGUUUGUCUGUGAAAUGUAUAUUUUUUUUUUGCUUGAAGGUAUUGAGAAACUUUCAAUGCAUAUGUACCAUCCUCUGUGUUAUCAACCUUUUUUUUUUUUUAAACAAGCCGUGAAGGAAUCCUUAAGUUUCUGUUCGCUUUGCCUCCAUUUGCUCCCAAAGCUACAUGUCUUGCAUGGAGAAAGUAUUCCUGUUAUUAUUAUACAUUUUUACAGUAUUCAACACAACUAUUCUGUUCCACAUGCACAACUGAAAAGCUGUCGAAUGAAACCAGCUUGUGGGUCUUUUAAAAUGUCUCUGAUAAGUUUGCCAGUUGAGACGGGCCUCUACUGCCCAGUGAAACAUCAUGGUUAAAUAUCAUUUGAAUCAUUUAUUUUAACACUACAAAUCAUGAUUUUAGUUUGUUUUUUUUCCUCCCGAAGCUGCUGCUUAAUACAGGUUUGCUGCAAAUCACACAUUAACAUUCUACACUACAAGGCAACAUUCUACACUAUGCAACUUUGUACAUUUGCGUAGCAAGACUUUAUCUGAUACACUGGUGCUAAUAAUGAUUUCAAAUGUUAUAUUUUUGUGUGAAUGUUUUUUUAUUCUGAUGAAGAGUGAGGAACUGUUAUUUGUGUAAAUAUAUGCUUAAAUGAUUCAGGGCUGGCUGAUUUGUUAAACCCAAGACCCAACAGCCACCUCAUAUAGGUUCUAUCACAAAAACAAUCAACUGAAACCUCCACAUAAUAUAUAAAUAUAUAUGAUAAGUUCUGUGGUAUAAUAUGCUUGCUUGUAUACAUGGCUCAGUGUUGUUGCCUCAUAGCCCUGCCAUUAUUCAUUUGUUUACUUCCCAGUGGGUGGUCACAAGUUAAUUGAUGAAUGCUUUUAUAACAAGAACCUUUGACUGACAAGAUCAGGACACGUGUGUGUGUGUGUGUGUGUGUGUGUGUGUGUGUGUGUGUGUGUGUGUGUGUGUGUGUGUGUGUGUGUGUGUGUGUGUGUGUGUGUGUGUGUGUGUGUGUGUGUGUGUGUGUGUGGAUGGCCCUAAAGAAGCCAUUUGUCUACACUAAGCCGAACGUUUCAUUUGACUGAAUUUAUACGCUUGUCUCCAAAAAAAUAAGAUUGGUCACAAGUUGCAAGUUAACCCAUUUUUUUGUUUUGUUAGUGUUUUGUGCCUUACUAUGUGAUUGUCAUCUUCACAUCACUUAGUCCCUAACGAAGGCAUCACGUGUAUUGCACACUUUGCAUUACAUUUCAGACAUACACUCGUCUCUUCGCACGUUCACUACAUGGUGUCCUUGCAUUUCAGGAGAACAGCAGGGAUUUUGUCUACGGGGCCAGAACAUCUGUCAGCCAGCCUCCAUACAAAUGAAUAGGCUAUAACCUGGAAACUACUAGUCUUUCCCAGUUCCCAUUCAACAUCGCUCAUAUCUUCAAUACACCAAUACUCACUCCUUUCCUUUUAUUCCUUCUAUCAUGUUAUCUGUUUGAUUAGUUUUGUUUAGCUAACUUUUUACCUAAUUUUAUAGAUGGUGUGGCGGAGACUGAAACGAUCUCCUCUGCAGUGAACCAUCUUUUAGCCUCUAUUACUCCUCCAGGUAACCACGCUGCUGUGGACGGAUGUGCAGCACAUACUGUUUGAUGUAUAAAACAGUAUUUCUAAUUUAUAAUGUCUCAAGUAUUUGUAUUAUUUUGUUCCCGUAGAUGAUGAUAUGUAUGUGUUGCACAAUCCGUUUGUGGUCUUUUGGCUAUGGAGUGCAUCUUCUGUUCUGUCGUACAGUACAAUACAAUACAAGGCACCUAGUCACUGAAACAUUUCAUUUGUAAGGACCCGAGAGAACCCAGCUUGUUACCCAAGUGCCUGUAAAUUCAAUCGUAACAUUGAAGUAAUAAAAAAUAAUUACGGGAA